AUGCCGCUCAAAGUUCCAGAAUGGCUUGACUGGUACAAGAAGCCCGAGUACCGGGACAUCAAAGAAUAUUCGGCACACGUCAAUGCAGGCGAGCGCCCUCAGAGCCCGACUCCGGCUGCCAUUCCAAGCCGCUUGAGGCUCGACCGCAUUCUCGCAAACAAGACAUGCAGUCCGAUGUCCCUUUAUGACUUUUACAUGUACCUCAAGUACAUUGAGUUCUCGGCCGAGAACCUCGAGUUCUACAUCUGGUACAAAAACUACGAAGCAUCCUACGAAAAGGGUCUCACGCCAGUUCACACGAAGGAAUAUGGGGCUAUUCCCAGCGCAGCAGAGUCGACUUCAUCCAUUGUCAAGGAAAGCCAGGCAGCCAGUUCAUGCAGUACCAAAGAUCCAGAAAACGGCGAUGAUGAGGACGCAGACCCCGAGAAGACGCUUCACCGCAUCUCCCAGCUCAUCGUUGCCAGCGCCAUGUGCAAUUCCCGCUCGUGCUCACCCGCCGCCCUUCAACUCACCCCCGACCAGUCCAAUGGCAAAUCCAUCCAGAUCACCUCCUGCACCUCCGACUCUGCUCCAGCCACCAUGAAGCUCAUGAACUCCGACGGCCAGGUCAGCCGCCACGAACUCGACACCAUCAUUCAUCUCUUUCUUAUGCCCUCCGGAGAGAAGGAGCUCAACAUCCCCGCCGCUCUUCGAGCCCAGACUCUUGCCGACUUGCAGAAGUCGACUCACCCCUCCGCACUCAAACCAGUUGCCGACCAUGUCUACGGCCUCAUGCACAACUGCUCCCACCGCAACUUUGUCCGCCUAGGAGUAGGCAAUGGGACAUUCGAGACAGUCUGCGUGGCAACCAUGCUGGGCAUUGCCAAUCUCAUUGCCGGCUAUGUCGUCGUCAUGUGCCGCGCCUUUGUCCCCUACCGGGGCUCCCACACCCGAUGGGAGGCCUGGGCGGCGUGGCCCAACUGGUGGCUUGGUGUCUCGCUCAUUCUUGCUGGCCUGCGAGGCAGCUGCUUUUUCCUUUUGUUGUUUUCCAAGAGGCAGAGGCUGCCGUGGGAGAGAUUUGAUGACAACACGGACAGCGUUUUGAGGAACGAGGGAGGCUUCUUGAAGUCGGUGUCGAGGUUGAUGAUUUUCGAUAGGAGGCUGCGGGUCAAGGAAAAGUAUCUGAGGAGGCUACAGAGAAAAAUUGUGUUGCAGAGCUUGGUGGGAGGGGCGAUCUUUGCGACGAUUUGGGUGGCUGUUUUUAUUUUCUUGCCGGUUUGGAAGGAGACGGUUUGA